AAGUCAUUUGACAGAACAAUGCUUGGUAUGGUGUCGAAUUACGAGCGCGUAGUAAACAAACAGAAAAACGUAUUUUAUUAAACUUAAAAUAAAUGAAUAAAAUAUGAAAACGUGGCAAAAUUAGUUUGACCGUAUAAACAGCCGAGUUUAUAAACAGCUGUUUUAUGAAAAAUAUUGUUUAGAAAAUCUAAACCCAAUAUUAUCCCAUUGUGUUUAUAUUUCAAUAUUUUUUCUAGAAAUAUUCCAUGAUGAUAAUUGGUUUAUCCACGUUAGAUUAAUGCUUAUUAUAAGAUAUAGAAUAAAAAUGGGAAGGCACAGCGAAUGGAGAAAAGUAGCCAAAAGAGAAAGAAGAAGGCGAGUUCGUACACUUCAAGCCAAGGAAAGAGAUAAAUUGCUGUACACAGAAAACUACAUGCAGGAGCAAAAUUUGUUAGAAGACUUACUUAUAGAACAAAUUAAUAAACAAAAUGAAGAAGAAAAUAGAAAGUGGGUAGAGGCUGAAUUGGUUGCAACAACACAAUGGCUUAAGCUUCAACAAUAUAAAGCUAGACUUCAACAAGAGAAACUUGAAAAACAAGCAAAAAUAAAACUGGAAUGGGAAUUAGAACAGAAGAAAAGAAAAUUAGAGGAAGAGAGGUUAAAAGCCGCUCAAGAGGAACUAAUCAGGAAACAAGAGAUGUUCAUGGAAAACUUGGACAUGUUUUUGUCUGGAGAUGCUGUUGAUCCUCCACCUGAGUUGAAAGUUAUUCAUGAAACCAAACCAGAUGCUGAACUUUGUCCAUUUUUUGCCAAAACAGCAUGCUGUAGAUUUGGUGAUGAAUGCUCGAGAAAUCAUAAAUACCCAGGCAUCAGCAAAGUUUUGUUAGCUACCAACUUUUAUACACAUUUUGGCCUGAACAGUGCAAAUCUUGAUGAGUAUGAUACUGACAUCAUGCUAGAAUAUGAGGAAAGUGAAACAUACAAAGAGUUCAAAGAAUUUUUUUAUGAUGUUUUGUCAGAAUUUGAAAAAUUUGGUAAAGUUGUUCAGUUUAAGGUGUGCUAUAAUCACGAAAAACAUCUACGAGGUAACACAUAUAUAGAGUUUGCCGAGUUAAGAUGUGCUGUUACUGCCUAUCGAGCCCUUCACACUCGUUGGUAUGGCGGCAGACAAUUAUCCUUGGAGUUUUGUCGCCUUAUGUCAUGGAAAAAUGCUGUUUGUGGGUCGUUUCUGCGAAACCGUUGUCCGAAAGGCCGGGCGUGUAACUUUCUUCACGUCUUUAAAAAUCCUAAGAACUUAUUUGACGGAUAUGAUGAAGAUUUUGAAGAUAGCUUCAAUGGAAGGACCCCCCGAUCGGCUCGUUCAUGGAGAUGGUCGGAAUCGCCAGAAAGGGAAGAUGAUAAAAGAUCAAGACGAUCGGACCGUAGUGAUCGUCGUAGAAGCAGAAGAUAUGAUGAAGAUUCGCAUCGAAGCCAUCGUCGCUCAUCGCCCCGGCGAAGCAGUCGCCGAUAAUACUACUCAGAAAUAUGAAACUUACAUAUUCAACAAUAAAUUGUUACAAAAAAUA